AAUACAACACAUUAAGCAAAGUCAGUUGAUUGUACAUUAACAGGAAGACACUGUCUCCAUCACUAGUAGUAGGAUCAGGCUCAUUCCUCCUGCUGAUGGUAGGGCCACUGUUUAGUUCUGAAGCUAAUGAGAGAAGAGACGUGGUCUGGUCUUUAUUGAUGAUGCCACGAGAUUCAGCAACUUUUAGUAAUGUAGCUAGCUCAUUAGUAGAGUUGGAGGAGACUAGACUGGAGUAGGAUGAGAGGAGAAAGAGAAAUGACAAGAACAGACCAGCAGCAGACAUCAUUAGAUACACACCUCCUCUCUAGCCACACCUUGUCUUGGGCUACUAAAAAUGUCAGUGACACUCCACACUGACCUUGGUGAUAUUAAAAUUGAAUUAUUUUGUGAAGCAGUUCCAAAGACUUGUGAAAAUUUCCUUGCUCUUUGUGCCAGUGGAUAUUACAAUGACUGCAUAUUUCACAGGAACAUUAAAGGUUUUAUAGUACAGACUGGGGACCCAUCAGGUACUGGUAAAGGAGGGACUAGCAUCUGGGGCAGGAAAUUUGAAGACGAAUUUCAAGAAACUUUAAAACACAGUGGGCGUGGCAUCAUAUCAAUGGCUAACAGUGGUCACAGUGACACCAAUGGAUCUCAAUUCUUCAUUACUUAUGCC